AUGACGUCACUUGCAAUUCCGGUUACAGAAUCGAUGAUUUUGUUCGACGUUCAACUGCAGGAAUGGGUUACGAAAUCAGCAAAAAACCAUGAGUUUGUCCAAUCUGAUAAAGGCAUCCCAGCAUCAGCCUACUUUUUACUUGGAUCAUUCUGUUCCGAUAAUGAUAUUCACGUGGCAUAUGCUUCAAAAUGUCCAGUACAUUCAAGUGCAUUAGAAGUGAAUGCCCCUGAAAAAGCAAAAAUGCUUGAAGAAGACUGGAUGGCAGACCACGCGGAACGUCUCUUACGUAUGCUUCCCGGUGGUAUUCAUGUCGUCGGAGUUGCCUGGUUCUCUGAUAAGAAAACAUUCACGGAGAGGAAACCACAUAUUCACAAAACAUUAGGACGCAUCCAAAAGAUGAAUAACCAGAUCACGACUGCCAACAUUGAUGAAUCCAUCUCAGAUAACAUGAUCACCGUGUUUUUCGAAACUCCCUCAACAACCCCAAUUGGAGCAAUCAUUGAUGUUACUAAUCGAGGAAACGACAGUGCUCAAAAGGUUCAAUUCCAAAAGCUCGAGUGGAUUUCUCUGGUGACGAAUGCAUCUGCUCGCGUUGUUCAUAAUGUGCCAGUCGAAUCAGGAAAGCCAACAGAUUUCUAUUCUGAUCUGAUGGUCGCUACGAAAAACUUUGUGAAUAAUAUAUUUCAUUGUGAAUUCACCCUGCUCGAUGGAGAGAUCCGAGAUGAAAAGGAGCCGUUGAUCAAAGAUAUCAAAAAGAACAAAAAGACAACAAUUGAAGCAACACUGUUUUUGAAUCCACUGCAUAAUCGAGAGCCGGGAGCAACCGACGAAUUAGCAUCAAACAUGCAUGAAAUACUGUUUGAUAUCGAAGUCCGAGCCGCCGUUCCUAUCAGAACCUCUGUGAAAGACGCGAUUCGUGCAAUCAAACAUCAUUUGGUUCGCAAUCUAUUUGCUAGAGUUGAGCUUCACUACGAAUCAAUGGAAGUUGUCGAGGAAGAAAGAUCGCCUAAAACCGGAAUCACUGUUCAUCAAUUGCCUAGACCAGCUACUACAGUUCUCUACACACAUCCAGCUAUUCUCAUCAACGACUUCCUUUUUGAAGCGGACAAUGUUGAAGAUGCACAGAAGAAUUUCGACGACAUGAUGGAUUUACAGACCAGCAUAGAACAUGUUGACGAAGGUUGGGAGCGCGCUUUGACCCCAGAAGAAAUGGAAGCAGUCCGAACACCAAUCGAAGAUCUUCAUUUCGUUGAUUAUGAUGGCUCGAGCGACUCUUGGUGUACUACGAGGACUCUCCUUAUUACUAUCGGGAUUAUUAUCGGACUCCUUGCAUCAAUCAUUUACUUUACUGUUGCCCAUUCUUGA